AUGAACGGUCCGUUUAUGCUCAAUCUCACCAACACCACCAAUUGGUUGGAGUUUAUUCAUGAUCGUAUUGGCUAUUUCAGAAAGGAAAGAGAAGCCGAAGAGCAGAACCAGGAUGCUGAAUUGGACGGUAGUAAGGAGAUCGUAACACCACAGCUCAGAGAAGAAAAGAAAGAUUAUGAAAAUUACUUGAGCUCUUACUAUAACAAUGGCUUUGGCAAGAUGCCAAAAGCAAAAGCUGUCGAAAAUAACAAGUACUCUGCUGGUUACGAUUUCACUGCUGCCAAAGGAGAUAAAUUGACACCAUUGGCACGAAUUUGGGUCGAUCGAGACAAGAAACAAAGAAAACAAGCCAAACUGACUGGUGCUUCCUCUGCCACCGACAGUAAGGAAGAACAAGAACUCGAGUCAUUGUGCUUUUUGAUUAGAGAACAUUUUGAUUUUGAGUUAAAAUUCCACAUUAUUUGCAUGCUUCCAACCUAUACUGAGGUCAGCAACAGACGCGACUACCCUCACAAGAAAUUGUUCAGCACUUACUUUGGUGGAGAGGAAUCAACAGUCUACAGUAUUAGGCGAGAUCCUCUUUUGGUCACUUAUCACAAAUAUCGUCUCAUUUCCAAGAGUUUUAAUGUCAGAAUGCAACAUUAUUUAAUGUCAUCACAUAAUGGUUGUGAUGAAUUGAACAUGGCAAACAUGUUUAUGCAUUUGUACAAUCAAAGAACAAAUCAAAUGGAAAUAGAGGGAGAUUUCAACUCCUUCAUGUCAAAGAUGGCUUAUUUGUUGUGCUUUAUCCACACCAAGAAGCUGUAUUUGGCUAAAAAAGUUCUUGACUUUGAGCAUACAAGCAUUUAUAAUGAGUUCCCUAAGGUAUUCAAUUGCUUAAAGUCAUGCUGGAAUGAGCUGUAUAGAUUGAAAACUGAUAUGGAUUUGGGUACCUUUGUAUUGAAUGGUUCCAUUCCAUACUACAGAAUGAAUUACUAUCAAAGUUUAAUAGAUUCCGAUAGUGAAGAUGAAGAGGAAGAUGGAAAGGAAACGAACAACAAGGAAGCUUCUACCACUGAGCAAGAUACCGAGUCAGAUGCAACAAGCAAAAAAGUUGAGCAUGACGAAAAUCUAUCUCAAGAUGCCUUGAAUGAUGGCAGUCUCAGUGUGAAUCUAAGAGAAGAUGUUGGCGUCACUUCUGAAACUUUGGACCUCAUUGAUGACGAAAGCAAGAUGGCUGUUGCCAAUAAGGGUCUCAUGCAAGAUGAUGACAUCACUACUGAACAAGAUAAUGGUUUUUUCGAUGCAAAGGAUAAUGCGACUGCAGAUAAUGAAGAGGAUGAAGAAGUAACCGAGGAAACUCUCAUGAACGAAAUCGACACAAGAGCCACUUCGAACACCCUCUCCACCAAUAUUUCAUUCAACAGAUUAUUUCUCAACUCUUCUCAAAAACAAGAUUUGGAGUACCAGAGAAUCCAAAAGCAAAUGGCCAAGAAGUUCAACGGUUUACAAGUUGAAGAUGGAGAAUUUAAAGUUGAUUUUGAAAACAAUGACUUGAAAGUCGUUAAUCCAAGAGAAUUGUACAACCAAUUUUUCCAUAAGGCAGGAGAUAUACCAGCAGUGUAUAGAUACGAAACCUACUCAUCAUUGAGCACUUUCUAUCAAACCAUUGCUCCAAUUUAUUCGUAUGAGACAUACUUGUGUGCUCUUUUGAGACUCAAAUUACGCACAAUACUUCCAGCCUUAUUCAAUAGCGAUUUUUAUGCUGACAACUAUCAAAUCUUCCGUUCUUUGACUUUAGUGAACUUGACUUAUUGCAAUUCUUUCAACAACUUGUUACUUCAUAUUUUACUUGAAAAUGGAAAGGAAGUACCAAAAGAUGUCACUAUCAAAGAGAAUGCUACAUUUACCUCAACAUGUGGAAUUCAAGAGUUGUCUUUUGUUAACUUUACGUUUGACCAAUUGUUAGUUAUUUUCAGCAAUGAUCGUUCCUACUACCCCUCAUCGAGCAAUUAUGAUUCUCCAACAAAAGAUCCAUGUGCCCUUAAAGGCUUGAAUAUUUUCGCCAAAAUGGAUGAAGCAAAGAAAAACUAUAUUUUCUCUUCUCUUGGAAACACUGUUUCUCGUGUGAAUUUAUACUUUUAUGGUGAUUACAUUUACACACUUUCUCCAGAGACAUUCUUAUUCUCCAAUUUCACACCUAACGUAACCGAUCUCAGAAUCUCUGCAAAGACCAGAGAAAACAGCACUGUUGGUGCUCAAGUGAACACUGUAUGCAAUUCGUGUGUGGGUGAAUUUAGUGCCGAAUAUUUCCAGAAACGUUUCAAAAAAAUCAUCAUGUUGGCAGAAGGAAAGCCUCAAAAAGAAGUGAAUUGGAAAGCUGGUAAUGACGUUUCUUAUCAACAAGAUGAGGAAGGAGGUUUGAAUAAUGUCCUAUUCAAUCCAAAACUUCCUGUAGUUGAGGAAGACGCUGUGCCUUCUAGCUCACCAACUCUCACUCUCAGAAUCAUGUUGAUGUGUCAAAUGACCAAGGAUCUUUUGAAUACAUUCCUUGAACAUUCGGGAUUGAUUUUCGAAAAGUUGCCAAUAUCCAACUUCCUUCUUACUCAAUCCAACGGUUUCCCAAUUGCUCAAAAGAAGGCCUUUAUCGACACAUUAUUGAAUGAUCGCAAGCUUCCAUUGAAUGCCAUUGAUACGUUUUCCUAUGAUUUCACUGAAGAGAAACGUAUCCUUGAAGAGUAUUUGGUUUACCUUGCCAACAGCAACGAUGGCCGUUUGUUAGGUCUAGAAAAUAUCUCUGGUGAUUCCACAUUUACUUGGUUGAUGACCUUAAUGUAUUAUGGAUGGGAUUUCUUGAAGGAUAAUAGAGUAUUCGAAGAAUUAAUGUUGGGUGCUCAAUUGAGUUGUGGUCGGCUCGGAAAUAACAGUACUGAAGGAGAAUCUUGCGCAGCCCUUACAGAGCUUUUUAUGGCCAAGAUGUUUUAUGAGAACAUGGACAAGAAAUCAUUUAUUGACUUUUUGCUCACCAAAUGCAAAUUCAACUACAGUGGAGACAUGGAACAGUUGUUGGAGCAAGUAGAAACUGAGUGCUCUCAACAAGACUUCCAACUUUUGGAGAAGUGCGAAACUGAGGACGAUCAAACCAAGAGAAAUCUUCAGCUAUUCUUUACUUACAUUACUCGACCAAAGAAAGAUGUGGCUACUUUUGAAAGUCAAGUUCUUCAAUUAACCCCAGAUAAGCUCUUUGUCUUGUUGAUUACUGCAGUGUCAGACCGAGAUUUGAAGAAAUUUGACACCAUCUUGACAUUGGGGCAUUCGAUCAAGGACUUUAAUCAAGUUUUCGACAAGACUACUCGCAUGCAAAUAACAAAUAGAUAUAGCCAAAAUGAUAGCUAUGCGCUCUCAUUACCAUCCUACAAAUACACAUCCUCUGGUGUAGACAAGGUUGACAUUGUCAAUUCCAAAGCACUUCAAUUGAAGUUCAGCAGAAGAAAGCAGGCUUUAAGAAUGAUUUAUGAACAAGGACUUCCAUUGGAUCACACAUUCUCCAUUGCUGAACUUGACAAUACCAUUAUUGACACAGAGAUGGAUACCCUUGAGGUUACUCUUUUCCACUACCUACUCGUCUCAGCCAGCGUGCCUAAUAGCGUUGUCCUCACUGUUCUUGAACGAUUAAGCCCAGAACAAUUAUUGUUCCAAGAUACAAAUGGUAAUAAUGCACUCCACCUUUCUGUGAUGCAAUUAUUCACUUAUCAAGAACUUUAUUCUAUCAUGUUGAAGAAACAACCAAAGCUUGUCAACAUGAUGAACAAUGAACUCAACACCCCACUCCACUUUGCUUGCUAUCAAAGUGUUGAUACUUUAUUCAUUGUUGGUAAACGAUUGGUACAAGAAUACAAUGGCAGAACUGACGUGGUAAAUGGCCUCGGCUUGACACCUUAUGAAGUGGCUGCCGCAAGUAUUUUGAGAGAUGUAUUGAGUGGUGGAAGCGGUGUCUCUGGUUGGAGUCACUUUGAUUUGAGUUGGCUUUUACCUCCAAAAGGACAAACCAAAGAGGAAAUGUUUAAACAGAUGCUGCAAAGAAAGUAA